AUAUGGGAGCAUGUUGGGCAUGCAUUGGCCGAUCGACAAUCUCCGGUUCGUGUAGCAAAACUCGAUUGUACGCGUUACGCCGGCACUGCAUCUGCACUGAAUAUACGCGGCUAUCCGACGAUAAUUUUCUUCCGGCAUGGUAAAGAAUUGGUGUACGAAGGUGAGCGGAAAAAAGAGGCAAUGGUUGAUUUUGCUCUGAAAGCAUCCGGGCCUGUGAUUGGACUUAUCGAAGAUGUUCGGGAAUUGUCGCAGGUGAAGAUUUUUUUAAUUUUUAACCCCAUACUUUUACCUCUAUUUUUUUUUGUUCUUGAUUUCUUCUUGUGCAGCCAGAAAUUUCUACUUUUGGACUCGGAGAAGUUGUUUUCAUCAAUACGAUUCUAUCAGGCAAAAAGAGAUGCCUUCCCGAAAGCAGUUUCUCUUCCCGAUAAUCCAGCAGUACUUGUUUUCAAAGACAACGAUUACUUAACAUAUACGAACGAAGGAGAUGACUUCACAGCGGAAAGCCUAAGUGACUGGAUAUACAACGAACGUUGGCCACUGAUACCACUUAUCACAUCAACAAAUAUCAAAGAAGUUGGACGAAUGCGAAUGCUUGUUUUGGCUGUUGUGAAUAUGAUUGAUAGGAGAAAUGGGACGACACAAAUUGGAAAAUUUUUUUCGGUGGUCACAGAUGCUGCUCAAACAGUACGCAAAGAUACAUAUUUGUCGUCAUAUUUUCAGUUUGGCUGGUUAGAUGGCAGUGAAAUUGCCAAUAAUAUUGCGAUGGGAACAGUAAAUCAGCCAGGUAUGUACUUACUGUUGAAAUCC